GGCAAAAUACAAUGUCUUCGGACACGGAAGAGAACAGGGAAUUCAAUCCUCCUGUUAGACGUAGCCCAAUCCAGGCCAAAGCCAAGCAAGGCUUGACUCUAUUCGUAGCGAGUGAUGAAGAAUCAGAUGCUGUUGACACCGCAAAAAAAAAAAAGUGGUCGAGGAGCCCUCUGGGGGGGAUGGACAUGGAGCAGGAUUUUCUCCGCGGUGCCCCUGUCCCCGUUUGUAACUUACAGUAG